AUGGUGAAACCAAAUGUAAGUAAGAAAGAUAAAAUUUUUUAUCAUUUUGAUGAAGAUAACGAGCCUAUGGAUGAUGAAAGAAUUGAAUUAUUAAGUCCUUUAAAGAAGGAUCAUGCAGACUUAUAUAAAAUUGGCUGUAUGCUUAAUAAUAGUAUUAGAAAUAAAGAUUCGAUGCCUGUAUUAAUUGAUGACAGUGUUAAUGAUGUUGAAUACUGCUAUUUAUUGAAUGAAUGGUUAAAUAAAAAACAAUUUAAAUAUAUUUCAGAAGGACCUAAUUGUGAAAACAAAACAAAAUUAUGGGAAGAAAAAAUUGAGGAAUUGUGGGAUCCAUUAAUAAAGCUUGCAUAUGUUAAUUUUUCGUGUGAAAGAAAUAAAAUUGUCUAUAAUUGUUCUAUUUCAUCUGAACUGAAGAAUACAUUAUCUGUGUGUUUUACACUUCUAGGAAUUUUUCUUAUUACUUUUUUUUUUUUGUAUAAAUUUAGUCCCUUUGGACACAGGGUUGACAGUUGUCUAAAUAAAAAAAAAAGAAUAAAACAGAAUAUAGUUCCAGAAUGUUCAUGUGAAUUAACUGAAGGUUGUUAUGAUAAUGGGGAGUCACAUUCUGAAAAAGGAAGAAUAAGGAUUCAUUACCACUCUGCAUGA